AUGGCUAACAUGCCAUCAGAAGCUAACAUGCCAUCAGAACCCGAGAAAUAUGGCGUCGCUCGUACCGAUACGGCUCCUGAUUUCAAGCAGAAUGUUAUCGCAGUUCAACAAGAGAACUUAUCCUUUUGGACACGGAUGGGCUGCACACUCGAGUCUUUCAAGAAGCGCACGUCGGUGCCAGGUCAGAAUGCCCUCAAUCAGACCAUGAAACCUCGCCAUCUGCAUAUGAUUGCUAUUGGAGGUUCCAUCGGUGCUGGAUUCUUCGUCGGAUCAGGCUCUGCCUUGUAUCGGGGAGGCCCUGGAACUCUCCUUGUUGAUUUCUUGAUCAUGGGUUUUAUGAUCUUCAAUGUUGUUUACGCUCUUGGGGAACUUGCCGUCAUGUACCCAGUAUCAGGUGGUUUUUACACAUACUCGACACGUUUCAUCGACCCUUCGUGGGGCUUUGCUAUGGGGUGGAAUUAUGUUUUCCAGUGGGCAAUUGUACUUCCGUUGGAGCUUGUCGUUGCAUCGGUCACGACCCAGUACUGGAAUAAGGACAUUGAUCCAGCUGUCUGGAUUGCAAUCUUCCUCGCGGCAAUUAUCACAAUCAACGUUUUCGGUGUUCUAGGUUAUGCUGAGGAGGAGUUCUGGUCCAGUAUCCUGAAAUUGGGUGCUAUUGUUGCGUUCAUGAUCAUCGCCCUAGUUCUCGUACUCGGUGGCGGACCAUCGGGAUACAAGUACGAUGGCUACUGGGGGGCCAGACUUUGGCAUGACCCCGGAGCCUUCAAGAACGGUUUCAAAGGAGUCUGCUCUGUUUUUGUGACUGCAGCGUUUGCCUUUUCAGGCACAGAACUCGUCGGCUUAGCAGCAGCUGAGGCCAGAAAUCCCGCUACUGCGCUUCCGGGAGCGAUUAAACAGGUGUUCUGGCGCAUCACAUGCUUCUAUGUCAUUGGUUUGCUCUUCAUCGGGCUGCUUGUGAGCUGUACCGAUGAAAGACUUCUCGGAUCUGGGGCCGUCAUCGAUGUGAAUGCAAGCCCAUUUGUUAUCGUCGGUGAAGACGGAGGUCUCCAUGGCUAUAACCACUUCAUGAAUGCGAUUAUUCUCAUAUCCGUCAUCUCAAUCGGCAAUUCUGGUGUUUAUGGAGGCUCCCGAACGCUCUGCGCACUUUCCGAACAAGGUUACGCACCGAAGUGCUUCUCCUACAUUGAUAAGUCUGGACGCCCUCUCUUUGCCACUAUUCUUAUCUUGGCUUGUGGGGCCCUAGGCUUUAUCAAUGCAGCAGCAAGCGGUCCGAUUAUCUUCGAAUGGCUUCUUGCCCUAUCCGGACUUGCUGCCCUGUUCACCUGGGGUUCUAUCUGUGUAGCACACAUCAGAUUUAGAGCUGCGUGGAAGUAUCAUGGCCAUACAUUGGAUGAGAUCCCAUUUAAAGCAGCUUUUGGUGUGUGGGGAUCAUGGUGCGGACUAAUUCUCAUCAUUCUCGUGCUUGCAGCUCAAUUCUACACGGCGCUUUAUCCGCUCGGCAACAAUGGCCAACUAGGUUCUGCUGAGGACUGGUUCAAAGCCAUGCUUGCUCUCCCAGUGGUUCUCGGCUUCUGGGCUGUCGGAUACCUCUGGAAGCGAACUGGAUGGUUGACAUUGGACAAGAUUGAUGUUGACACAGGACGAAGGGAAGUCAAUUGGGACGUGAUCAUUGAGACGAGACAAAGGGUUGCUGGGUAUCCAGCUUGGAGACGAGUCUUGCACGCUCUAUUUUAG